UGCGAAGACCUUUUCGCUCUCCGUACCACAACAAAGAUGGCGUCGUCCUCUGACGUCUCUGUUAGAAUAUGUGUUCAAAAUAUCAUCAAAUAUGAUUUAGAGGUUAAAGCUCUCAUUCAGGAUAUAAGAGAAUGUCGAGGUCCUCACAGCCUGCUGAUGGAGCUGAACGGUGCAGUGAAGGAAAAAUCCAACCAUUUAAGACAGCGAAUUCAGGAUAUGGAACAAUUGGCUAAAGAACAAGACAAAGAGACCGAUAAGAACGUUAUUAUGGCUGAAAUGGAACGUCAUCGCAAACAGAUGUUGAGUAACCAGACUGCAUGGAGGAAAGCCAACUUGGCCUGUAAGCUGGCCAUUGAUAACCUGGAAAAAGAUGAGCUAUUACAUGGUGGGGACACAUCAGUAAGGCAAAGGAAAGCCACCAAGGAGAACCUGGUAGAGACAUCCAGUGACAUCACUGAGAGUUUGAUGAGCAUCAGCCGGAUGAUGGCCCAACAGGUUAACCAAAGUGAGGAAUCCAUCGGCAGUCUGGUUACAUCGUCAAGGUCGCUUCUGGAAACGAACGAAGAGUUCAAAUCGAUGACGGCCACAAUCCACUUGGGACAGAAACUCAUCCUGAAAUACAAUCGGCGUGAACUCACGGAUAAACUGCUCAUCUUUCUUGCACUUGCUCUGUUUUUUGCCACUGUUCUCUACAUCCUGAAAAAGAGGCUCUUCCCUUUCAUUUAGAGCAAAAAUAUUUCUUUUCUAUAUGCAAAUACUUCAGUUGUUGGUACUGUUCCGGUCAUAGAGUUCGUGUGAAUAUACGUGUGCCUGCAUCUAAAAUGUGACUUUUGCCAUUUAAAAUUGCACAUGCAGUUUGUGACAAUAAAUGAGAAUUUAGUUCUGAAUUUAGUGUUGAUUUUAAGCAAAUGAAGCAAGAGUACUUGGCAAAAGUUGUAAUAUUUAUAACUGGGGAAUUCAAAUUCAGAAUUGCAUUUUUGAAUGAAUGGCAUGUUGUUUGCAGUGUAUAGCAUUAUAAAAGUUUCUUUAUAUACAUGUUUAAUAUUUACAGACAGGGUGGUUUCUUGAUUAUUGAUGCUUACCUUUAAACCAGUGUACAUAAGUGCCUUCUUUUGCUACCUUUGAAAGUGUUAAAAGUGUUUAUUUGAUAUUUCAGUGUCUUUACAGCCUUUAGAAGCAAUAUUUUUACAGUUUACACUCUGGUACUGUUGACUGUGCCUACAUUUGAAAGGAAGGGGGAAGAAACACACCUGAGGUAGAGUUAGACUAUAUUUGUUUUCUUAUGAAUUAUGUCAGUAUUUAUAAAAAUGGUGCUUUUAAUAUCUCAUUAUGUUCUUCAGGGUCAGACCACUGGAUGGUGCUAUAGGGUUUUUCUGUUUAACCCAUUCAGUUUCUCAACUUUUUUCCUCUGAACAUGAGGAAAUAGUCAAACACAGGUUCUCAACCCUGGCGUUAGAGAACCCCAGACUUCUACAGUUUAUUGCUUUUGCCACUGUCACACCCACCUUCAGCUCAGGAAGGAUUGUUAAUUAGCUGAUUAGUUGAAUUGGGUGUGUAGGAUAUGCAGUACGCCUGUCUUUGACUUGCUGGUUGCAGAUCACUUCACUGUGAUGUUUUUUUUUUGUUUUUCAGCUUUGAUUCAUUUCCAGUGACCUCAUGACUCUGUGUGUAUUUCAACAUAAUUUUUUAAAGAUUUUCUAAUAAAAAAAUUUAAGAACCGUGA